AUGUUGGGUCUUGCUUUUUUCGAUGCCAUAAAGGUAUCUUUUUCCUUGGCCUAUUUGGUAAAAUUGACUGCGUUUUACUAUCCUUGGCUCUAUGUGCAUGAUGUCACUUUGAGGAGAAGAGAAAUUACAGAUCAAUCGCCGAUGAAAAUACUUUCACUUGAAAGCUUGGUGUCUAUAUUUCCUGUGGCAUUAUUUUUAAUAAGAAUUGGGCAGUGGUGGGGAGAAAAUGGACAUGCAAAAGCCAAAGUUAUCUGUCAAUCUAAAUUUAACUUUGAUAAUUUCAAACCCACUAUUUACAUUCAAAAUUCUUCCUAUAAAAAGCCUGAUAAGAAGGACCAUCAUCGCAAUAUAUAUAUGGCAAAGCCUCCGGCCUGUCUCCCUUCAGCCUCUCCCAUGUUGAUUUCCCCGAUACUUAAUGGCAAUACCUGCAAGAAACGAACAAAAAACCCGACAAAGCCACGGCAGGGCUCUCAACUGCAUGCCCCGAAAAAGUCUCAAUCCAUCUCACUUCCUUCGUCACCUUCGCCAUCCCGCUCCUCCUUCAAUAACCUAUAUCCCAAACCUAAAGUCUUCCUUCAAGAUUUUUCUAAAGACUGUACAACUAUUCCUAUUUAUUCGAACCCAAAACUUGAUAAAGCAAAUCUGCCUUACUUUGAUAGCCACCAUGCUGUCAAUGAGACGAAAAAUACGGAGGAAGCCAAAAAUCCAAUUGUUACACCACCAUCUGAGUUUGAAUUUCCAACGUCCCCAAUAAGCUUUCCAGCUCAAGUUGAGAAUAUUUGCGAUUUUGAUGACAAGAAAGCACAGUCAGCUUCAAUUAAGGUGUCCGCAAGGCCGCUUGAUGCUUUGGAACCUGAUGUAUGGAGGGAGCCAUUGCCCACCAUUUCCUGCUCAUCGACUCGGACUACACCGAAUGGUACCACCAUGUGUAUGGAACCAGUAAUCAGAUUUCGAAGAAGCAGUUGGGAAGGAAUGGCAUCCAACAAUCAACAUGGCAACCGGUUUUUUCAAAUAUAUUCCGUAUUCACAAAAAAUGCAUCAAAACCUACUCUUCCCUCUUCGGCUUCCACUGAAUCCAUAGAAAGUGGCCAUCGGAUUCUCAUUCAACAUUGUAAAAAGUGUUGCCCUCAUAACUCAAACCCAGCUAGAGAAAAUAUUGCCAAUUCGCAAAAACACCAAAAAAUCCACUCUAUAUUUAAAGUUGUGC